UAAUGGAAGCUUUUGAUUUUUUUGUCUUCGUUAUACCGGAAUUACUAAAAACGAAUAGUAUAGUUGUCAAAAUGAAGACGAAGGAAUGAUUUAUAUUGGAAUAUUGAAAGUUGCUCUGGCAACAACGUUAACGACGAAGGAACGGUGCAGCGCCUCAAAUCUGUGCGCACUACAUACAAACAUCGCAAGAUAAAAACAAAGCGCAUUAAUAAAAAUUUUAAUUAGAAAACACUUAUCCAAUUAUAUUUGUGAACCUUUCGAUUAUGACAACUCUGCAUGUCUUAAUUCUUUACACCGUUCCUUCGUUGUAAUUUUGGCGAUUGAAGCAUUCGUUUUUGGCAGAUGGUACAGUUAACGUUGUCGCCAUAGCAACUCUCAAUGUUCCAAUAUAAAUCGUUCCUUCGUCUUCAUUUUGACAAUUUUAUCAUUUGUUCUUAUUGUUUCGACUAAGCGAAGCUAAAAAAAAUCUACAGCUUCCAUUAAACGCGAAUAUAUACCAAUUCAUUUUAAUAUUAAUAGACAAACGUAUCUCGAUUUUAUAUAUAGAAACAAUGGCUUUCUUUUUUAACAACAAAUGUCAAUACAGCGGUUGUGGUGAAAAGUUCGGUAGUCUGGCUGAAUUGAUUCAGCACGUUGAGCGUGUACAUAUUGUAAUGGAUGACAGUGAAGAAGUCUCUGGAAUUGAAACCAUGGUGCCUAUGAGCAAAAUAUUGCCUAACAAUAUCCACGACGUGAUGAUGCGUCCUCCGGUUCAUCGCAUCAACAACGGACCACGUCUCCACCCAUCCGUGGCUUCAGUAAACUUCAAUAAUUGUGAGUCUCCAAUUCAGUUGUUGAAUGCAAAUGGAUAUGAUGGUGCUGGUCCAUCAUCACAGUCUGUGUUAGCACCUGCUACUGUUAAUAGUAACGCAAAUACACCAUUUCAGGUACCAAUAUUUUCGGCAAGCAGCAAUAAUUCUCCACCACCGUUUCAGUCGGUCGUUGCACAAGCAAAGCGCGGUUUAAUUCCCAAGAUGCAUUCAAUGAAAAUAGUUGGUAAUCAAGAUGCUGAAUCAUUUGAGAACGAUGACAUUCCAUCAUCAUCAUCGGCGGUAAAGCGAAAAAGUAACAGUUCUAAAAUCUCAUUCUCAAAGAAGAGAAUCUCAUCUAUUAACCGUAAUGUUGAGCCAUCCAUGGCAAAGACAAGUGAUGUUCCAACACAAACAACCUCUGCAUCACCUCCUCCAACAUUUAACGAAAGUACCCAUAUUGCCUUGAGUAAUUUGACUCCGGAUGAAAUUGUCCAAAAUUCGGUUCUAAGGGCAGAUCACUCGCAAUUGAAGCCAUUUCCUUGUCCCAUUCCAGGGUGCAACAAACGAUAUAAACAUUUAAAUGGUAUAAGAUACCAUUCGGAGUUGUAUGAAAGAGAGUUGGAAAAAAAUGCAGAUGAACAUAAAUCGGAUUAAUAACAGUGGCUUGCAACAACAACGGCACCUCGGAGAGACGUCGAAGAAGAAAUGGAACAUGUAUAAGACUAUUUUUGAGUUAACUCAUAUUUGUGUUUAAUAAGGUUUCACGGGUCUUUAAUAAUAUAUU